AAAAAGGUCACUGGUAAUCGAAGAUAAUGACCAUACUUUCAUAUCAUGGUUCGAUAAGAAAUACAUUUAAAAGGAACUAGCAGCGAUAUAGAGAGUCUUUUUAGAUCGCGAGGUGCACGGAGGCAGAAGACACCCUUUUCUGCGAUGUCGUGGUUGAAGAGUGACACCCUCGUUUGGGCUUCGAGUGCCUCCACGUACCUGGCUCUCACGGCAGCUCUGGCUCUCACAUUUGCCUGGCUCUUGACGAAGCAACGGAAGUCGCUGCUUCUUGCCAAGCUCCCAGGCCCCAAAACUCACCCCAUCUUCGGAAAUUCUCGAUUCGGAGGUGGCACUGCAGAAGAACGCAUGCAAUGGCUGAUCAACAGCAGCCGGCUGGGCGAAGUGGUUAGACUCUGGAUUGGUUUCGUCCCGCUGUGCAUGAUCUGCAGCGCGAGAGGAGCUGAGGUUAUUCUGGCAAGUCAGAAGCACACCCACAAAGGGGCCAGUUACGACCUUCUCAGAGACUGGCUUGGUGAUGGUUUACUGUUAUCAACAGGAAGCAAGUGGCACUCCCGAAGGAAGCUGCUGACGCCCGCCUUCCACUUCAAGAUCCUGGAGGACUUCCUGGACGUCUUCAACAGCCAGAGCACGACGAUGAUCCAGCAGCUGCGAGGGAAAGCCGACGGGAAGCCGUUCGACGUUUUCCCUUUCAUCACGCGCUGCGCCCUCGACAUCAUAUGCGAGACGGCGAUGGGGCGGACUGUGAAUGCCCAGGGCAAUGUAGAAUCCGCUUACGUGAAAGCUUUAGACAAGUUUGCCAACCUCUACAUCAUGCGAUCGACGACGCCCUGGCUCCGCCCAGCGUGGCUCUAUAACAUUCUCGGGCCCAGGAAGGAGCGCGACGCCUGCCUCAAGGUUCUUCAUGACGUGUCCUACGAAACCAUCGCGGAGAGGAAAGCUCUUCGGGAAAAGUCUAAGAAAAGCGGCGGAGAAGCAGAACCAGAGGACGAAUUAGUGAUAGGCAAGAAGAAACGGCUGGCGUUCCUGGACCUCCUGCUGGAGUACUCGGAAGACGGCGCCAAGCUCUCCGACGGAGGAGACAUCGCGAGGGACGACGGGGCUCGGGUCCACCAGGAGCUGGACUCGGUCUUCGGUGACGAGGACCGCCCGGCGACGAUGGACGACCUGCGCUCCAUGAAGUUGCUGGAGAAUUGCAUCAAAGAGGGCCUGAGGCUGUUCCCAUCCGUCCAGAGGUUCGGCAGGAUACUGCACGAAGACGUCCGCAUAUGCGAUUACGUCAUCCCGGCUGGAACCAACGUCAUGCUCUUCCCGUACCGAAUCCACCGCGACCCGAAGCAAUUCCCCGACCCGGAGAGGUUCGACCCGGACCGCUUCCUGCCCGAGAACAGCAAACACCGCCACCCAUACGCUUACAUUCCCUUCAGCGCCGGACCUAGGAACUGCAUCGGCCAGAAGUUCGCCGUGAUGGAAGAAAAGGUCCUCCUGAGCAGCAUCUUCCGCAAGUUCCGUGUCGAGAGCACAGUUCCUCGAGAAGACGUGAAGCUCCUGGACAACGCUGUCUUACGGCCGAAGGGCGGGAACAUCCUGAAUGUCUUCCCAAGGUCCUUGGCGUGAAGGAGAAGAACUAAGAGUAAGAUCUUGACGUGAAUGAGACCAACAGGGAGAUCGCCUUGAGGGAGAGCCGCUGCUUAAUGGAUCUCAUGUGGAUAGGAUAUUUCUGUGCAUAUAUUUCGUACUUUAUAUAUAUGAAUAUUUGUAAAUUUAAUUAAGAAACCCACGCACAUGCACAUACACACGAAUGUAUAUAUAAAUUUCCCCUUCAGUUCACUUUAGCUCUCUGGCCAAACUCUUCUGGUAGUUUCUGUAGUCAGGACCCUCACAUUCUGCCCCGUCUGCAAAGAAUAGGCAUCCCUCACUGUGAUUUCUCGCUCCAAACACAAGGCCCCUUUCGCACACGCACACGCACGCAUAGGCACACACAUAUACGCACACACACGCACAGAACUUCACAAAUCUCAAGCAAGCAAGCAAGCACUUGGACGCACAGUGAUCUUUCACUUGGAAUGAUAGGAUAAUGAUAAUCAAUGAGGGAAUUUACAGAUCUUUUAUAAUAUCAUGACACUUAAACCCUGAUUGCUUUGUACGGAAUGCGGGCCUCAGCGGGUGAAUCCAAGAUCCAGAUAAACAGGGACCCUCCCACCUCACGCACUUUGUGUUUGGCAGUUGGUAGGAGUUAUUAUAUGGAUUAUAUGAUAAAAUGUAUGGAUAUAAUGAUAUAAUGUCAAAAUAUCAUAAUGCUUAUACUAAU